GAUAGCGGCAUUCCAGAAACGGGUAGUUCGGAUCUGAUACGAUGCGGUAACGCCCGCGUGUGGAGUUUGGCUUGUUAGUUUGCAUCAUCGAGAUGCUGACGUAGAGCGAGAGGGAGAGUAAGUUAGAUCUGGGCUUGAGAAACUUGGUAGAUUAUGGGGAAUUUAUAUAUAGAUCGGGAGAUCUCUUGAAACCUCUCUUGGCAUUUAGAAUUCAUUUGCAUGCUUGCAAUUGCUUCAGUAUAAGAUAUCAUCAGUGACAAUGGUUCAUCAGCACGGAGAUCAUCAUAAAAUCCCCGCCAAGCACCGGAUUCACAAACCCGGAGCAUGGCUUCCCGCCGACCAUCGCGUGCACAGAGAGUACAUGCGCCGCGUCACAAAACACGCUGAUGAGAACCCCAAAGAGCUCACCCCCGUUCUCCAAGAGUUCAAGGACUUUAUCGAGAAGACGCCCCGCGUGUACAUGUACUUCAUCCAGAUGUUUGAGGAGAUCCCCCAGAAGCAUCCCUACGAGAAUGACCCCACUGGGACACCUCAGUUAAGAGACUAUGAGCAUAUGCUGCAGGUGCUCAAUCACAUCUUUAGCACGGCGCCAGAGUGGACGGAUGCGGCGGAGAGCGUGGGCAUGGUAGGCGUGCCGCUUUGUGCCAUCUUUGACUAUCCUAUGGGAACGCCCAGUGGUUAUGCGGCGUUUCUCGACCCUGAUGUGAAUCGGAUGCUGAAGAAAGUUCUCAACCACUGGGGCAAGUUUCUUAUGACGCCUGAAUCUGCCAAGGUCCUGGGAGAUCACAAGCAAGGUUGGUUUGGCCCAGUAGGCCUGAAUGACCUCGUCGAGGUCGCCAACAAGCCCAAUAAGACGAACUUUAAGUUUGAGGAGGUUUUUGAGUGUGAUCCCUCAGCCAAAUACUACGGCUUCAAGUCCUGGGAUGACUUCUUCACUCGCAAGGUUCGCGACAGCGCUCGUCCCGUUGCUUCACCAGAUGACGACCUCGUCAUCGCCAACUGCUGCGAAUCACGCGUCUAUAACAUCGAACGCGACGUGAAACUCCGCGACCGUUUCUUUGCCAAGGGCCAGCCUUACUCUAUCCUCGAUAUGCUGGCUCAUGAUCCUCUCGCUGAGAAGUUCGCCGGCGGAACCAUCUAUCAAGCCUUCCUGUCCGCUCUCUCCUAUCACCGCUGGCACACUCCCGUAUCGGGUAAGGUAGUACGUGCCUUUGUCCAAGACGGUACGUAUUUCAGCGAGCCUCUAUUCGAAGGUGUAGGCGAGCCUGGAUCGACGGAGAUCUCGUCAGCGGGAUUAUCGCAGAGUCAGGGAUAUCUGAGCGCAUUGGCGACGAGGGCUAUCAUUCUGAUUGAGGCUGAUGAGCCGGCAAUUGGACUCAUUGCGUUCGUUGGUAUUGGCAUGGAUGAGGUUAGUACAUGUGAGAUCACUGUAAAGGAGGGACAGCACGUCAAGAAGGGACAGGAGACGGGCAUGUUCCAUUUUGGAGGCUCGACGCAUUGUGUUAUCUUCCGCAAGGGCGUCAAGGUUGAGGGAUUCCCCGAGGUUGGCAGGGAGGAGAACGUGCCAGUUCGAAGCCAGCUGGCUGUUGUGAAGAAGUAAGACAGCUACAAGUAAUUCGAGACAUGGUCAAAACAGAAUGUAUUACGCUUCAUUUAUGCUGUCAUUAUUUAUUUCUUCGCAUCGUCCUUCAUACCAGCCUGGACCCAAGCCUUGGACGCACUAGCCUUGGCCUCAAGUUCCUCCUCACUCAGCUUGGCCAGCUCGAACGCGGUGUGGCGCGUAGGAACAUGACGGCCGGCUUCGAAACCAGGACGCUCGAGGAGCUUGUAGAGCCACUUCUCGAGGUUGGGGAACUCGGAGAGAUCAACACCAGCCCAUUCUAUUGGGCGUCAGGAAACGGUGGUGGUGACGCAUGAGGAGAGGGAAGACUUACUUGCGCUGGAGACCCAGCCCCAGAUGGAAAUAUCGGCAAUGGUCACCUUGUCGCCGACGAUGUAGCCGGAUUCUGUCUGGGCGAGGUGAGUGUCGAGAGUGCGGUAGAGACGGCGUGUCUCGUUAGUGUAGCGGUUGAUGCCGUACUCGAUUUUCUCGGGAGCGUAGCCUGUGCGUGUCAGUAUAGCAUCACCAAAUAUAUGAAACAGAACAUACGCUUGAAGUGGUUGGCUUGACCCUGCAUGGGUCCGAGGCCACCCAUCUGCCACAUGAGCUGCAAGCUGUUAGCUAUGAUCUGACGGUUUGAAUGAGAAUACUCACCCAGCUGGUCAUCUCCCAAUGCUCAGCAGACCCGUGAGGGAACGAAAGCUUGUGAUCUUUAUCGUAGCGAUCAACGAGGUACUGCAGCAUAGCACCACUCUCAAAAACGCGGAUCUGCUUGCCGUCGAGAGUAUCAGUGAGAGCAGGGAUGCGACCGUUGGGGUUGAUCUUGAGGAACCACUCCUCCUUCUGCUCAUUCUCGGUCAUCUUGAUAGGAUACACCUGAGCUCGUCAGUGUUGUACUCAUGAGUGUAAAGAUUGGGGGUCUACCUUGUACUCGAGGUUGAGUUCCUCGAGCAGGAUCGAGGGUUUGAUACCAUUGGGCGUGUUGGUGGUGUAGAGGGUGAUGUCGGUCUUGGUCUUUUGAGCCAUUGUGAAGAGUUGUUUUCCCAAUUGGGUGAUGCGCGAUGUCAUUAAUUUGAGGGUGUAGAUAUGAGAAUGAGGUUGAUUGAGGGGAAUGGCACUUUAUAUGAUGAUAUGAG